AUGGAUUACCUGCUUUCUCAACCGCCCCUGCUCGAGUGUUACUCCGAGGAUGCUCAGAAUCAGGGACAGUUUGACUGGAGCUUAUUAGGCACUGGUCCUACCCUGAACAAUACGGAUGCACCUGGGACCCUCUCUGAUAACGGUCUCGAUCCAAUCUUCACACCUGAACAACUUGCGACUUUGCUGCAGACAUGCGAUUCCCCUUACCCUACGGACUCGUUCCCCCAAGACUUUUCGACCGAGUGCCUGAACCAGCCGGAAUGGAAUCUACAGCCUUUUCCUGAUUUCACUUUUCAAUCUCUCGACUUCAAUAAUCCUUUCAUUCCGGCCUCUCAGCCCCCGAUGGUCACUGACUCGACCACUUAUCGCGACGGCUUCGGAAAUCCUAUCAAACCAGUAGACCAUCAGCCUACAUACGAUUCCUCCGCCGGCUUUGAAACCUACUCUUCCCCUCCCGCCAUGCCAAGCAGUAGCUACAGCCCUUCCGACACUCAUCCCGGAUAUGCAUACCCCCCUCCACAACCGCCCCCAGUAGUGGAAAGAACAAAUCAUUGGGAUCUUCUCGCUGGCUCAAACUACUCGCCUUCUAAAACCCAGCUCGGAGUGACGUGA